GAGAUAUUUCUUGAACUUUGCCAACAUGGGGAAGAUGUCGCCGAGCUAUCGCGCUCAGUUGCAUUUGCAAAGAACCGCUCGGCGAAGUCAAACACCAAGUUUGUCACUACAGCAGCUGGGGUAAAGCUCACCCACAAGAUACCGGAUGAUUGCUUUACAAACUGGAUCAGUUAUUGUAAGUUUUUCAUAUUGCUUUAAAAACUGGUUCUCUCACCACACGGCAAUUGUUUAUAAAUUUUAAUUUUGGGAUAGGUAAUGGGACCUCUACAUGCGUAUGGGAUCUUUCGUUUGUGGCUUACAUCCAAGCAUUAUAUUAUUUAUUAGCACAUGGCAGCUAGGAAUUCGCAACAGCGCAAGCCAAUUACUACGGCCCCUUUAAAACUUAACAACAACAAACAUAAUGAUAAUAUAGGAACGAGUUGUUUCCUUGUCCUCAGAGACAAGUCAUAAGAUAUUACUUCAAGUAUUUUUUAAGCCAAUACUUUGUACUUUUCACUUAAGUAUGUUUUGCCUCCAGUACUUUUUACUCUUACUCAAGUCGUUUUAUUGUUAAUUACUUCAACUUUUACUCGACUACAAAUUCAAAGUGGCUGGUUCACACUUGUCGUAAGAAUCGGGGAUUUCCAUUGUCUCAAUUUGUCUGUGGUCAUUGGUGUGUAAAUGCUUCGUCUGUCGGAAAAGAAAACCAUAGAUUGUCGAUGAAUUACGACCAGUGUGAACCAGACUUUAGGCAGCACUGGGAGUUAGCGUGGAGGUAACUCUUCUAACAAAUAAUAUUCUUCUAACAAAUAUGAAAUGAUAUAACCAGUAAUACUUUAUAUAAAUAUAGAUGUUACUGGUAAAGACAAACCUGAGGAAGAUUUCGGGCCCACUAUAAUACCAACAACCAUCUCCGUCGAGGAUAUCUUACGACUGGACAUGCUGGAGAUGGACAUAAACGAGAUGGUCAGAGGUAUAUAUGGUUGUUUUAAGGCCAUAUAAAAUAAAUUCCUUGAUUCUCAUCGCUAAAUUUUAAAAACUCCCAGGAGGCGGGAGGUUUAUAUUUUAUAUUUUAUGUCAAAAUAUAAAAAAAAGUUUAAAAUUUAAAAAAUUGGAGAGGGAGGUCUUUUUACAUUUGCCCUUAAAUAUAUUAUAGAAGAACGCUAUAUAAGUGGACUGAUUGCGCAUGCGCUAAUGAACAUGCAUAAGAGUCCACACAAAUCGUUGUAAUAAGGCUAUAAGCCCAUUUUUUCCUUCGGUAUUCCAAGCGUCCCUUAACAUGUUGCAAUAUUAACGAUAAAACAAUUUUAUAUCGCAAAAAUUCCAAUAUAAAAUAUAAAAAGAACUAAAUCUUUGAAGAUGCUCGGUCGGGCGGUAAAUUUAUAUUUUAUAACAAAAUAUAAAAAUAUAUCAACGCGGAAACCAAAAUAUCGUCGGGCGGUGAUGAGAAUCAAGGAAUUUAUUUUAUAUGGCCUAAGGAGGGAUUUAUGCGACAAUUUGCGUUUAAUUCACACAUGACGGGUUUUAACCCACCAGAAUCGAGUAUUAAAUUGCCUAAAAUGAUAUUAGUUAAAAAACCAACCAUAUUGAUGAUACGAAUUAUAUCACACUUUUAUUGAUUAUUAUCAAAGCUACCAAUGGAAAUAUCACACCUAUAAUGAAAUAAAUUUUGUCAAUUUUAGUCUUUCACCCCAAACCGAUUAUUGACCAUACCAACAAUGGUAUGAAAAACUUGAUUCCCAAGCUUAGAAAAGCGUAUGGCGUUUGUUUUGGUAAGUAUUCAUUUAAAGCACAUGCACCUCUUCGCACGCAUAAUAAAGUUGAACUCAAAAUUAUAAAACUGCUAAUUCUUUGUAGGGGAUGCAGGCAGAACAAUCACGUUCUACGUCAGGCAAAGUGUCAGGUAAUUAAAAUGUAACUCCUUGUUAUUUUUCACAUGCCUCGGCUUACUUCGUUCUUUUCUGGAAAUAUGUUCACUAUAUAGCCCUGUCCAUCAACUGUUUGAAAAGCUGGUGGCGGUUUUUGAUUGUUAAAGGGGGUGGGGGGCUGAAAACGACUGAUUUCUAUAGCAGGGAAUAAUAUUCCCCUCCUAGGCUCCUAUAAUAUUCCCCUCCAUACCACUAUACAACCUUGCUUCACCAUGCAAACACAAGGACAAUAUACACACCUUCACUCAUUCUAAAUACUACUGCAAUUACCCGAAUUAAAAGUAUUAAGACAAACGUCCCAACAUGCACAUUAUUGUUUGUUCUAGGAUUCAUACCAGAACAAGAAACAGACGAGUAAGGUUCCUCAGGACCCUCACAGGAAUCGAACAUGAUGCGAUUUCAGUGCAGCGUGGGUUAGUUUUGUAGCAUCACUAACAAUAGUUAGUUUUUCUGUCCGUGGAAAUUUUUCAUGAGUGGAAAUGGGCCUUAAUGGUCGUUUUCCACUGGGCGGAAUUUUCCGUGCGGAGCGGAAAAUUCCGCCAUGUUUAUAUUUCCUUUCGUUCACGAUAUCGUUUACAGUCGUCCCCCAUGUAUAUUUAUAUUCUGACGUUUACGAUAUAUCACACCUUUAUUGAUUAUUAUCAAAGCUACCAAAUGGAAAUAUCACACCUUUAAUUGACUUAUAAAUUUUGUCAAUUUUAGUCUUUCACCCCAAGCUCCAAAAGAGCACUUGACGAAAAGCUCGAUUCCCAAGAAAAGCGUAUGGCGUUUGCGUUUGGUAAGUAUUCAUUUAAACCACAUGCACCUCUUCGCAAGCAGAAUAAAGUUGAACUCAAAAUUAUAAAACUGAUAAUUCUUUGUAGGGGAUGCAGGCAGAACGAUCACGUCCAACGUCAGGAAAAGUGUCAGGUAAUUAAAAUGUAACUCCUUGUUAUUUUUCACAUGCCUCGGCUUGCUUCGUUCUUUUUUGGAAAUAGAUUCACUAUAGCCCUGUCCAUCAACUGUUUGAAACGCUGGUGGCAGUUUUCGAUUGUUACAGGGGAAUGCGGGGCUGAAAACGACUGAUUUCUAUAGCAGAAAAAUAAUAUUCCCCUCCUAGGCUCCCAUAAUAUUCCCCCGGCUCUAUACCACUACAACCUUGCUUCAUCAUGCAAACACAAGGACAAUAUAGACACCUUCACUCAUUCUAAAUACUACUAUAAUUACCCACAUUGACAGUGUAACGACAAACAUCCAAACAUGCACAUUAUCGAUUGUUCUAGGAUUCUUACCAGAACAAAAAGGAGAAGGCAAGUAAGGGCAUCUGUAGGUCCCUCACAGGAAUCGACCGUGCGAUUGCGGUGCAGCGCUCUCUAACCAACUGAGCUAAAAGGACAGUCGUCGAAAAGUAGAACGGUAAGGAGAAAGCAAGUAUAAGGACAUAAAAUCGCAUCUAAGACUAUUAGGUCCAAUUCAUCAACACGGCGAAGAUGUCGCCGAGAUAUCGGGAUCAGUCGCAUUUGGAAGAAACCGCUCGGCGACUCUGUCACAUGUCAAAUCAAAGUCCAACACCAAGUUCGUGACGUCAGCAGCGGCAGUGAAAUUGAGCUACAAGGUGUUGGACGAUGCGUUUGUAAAUUGGAUAAACUAUUAUAA